CUGGCGGGUGCUGUAUCCCGUAUCACAAAAGCACCUUUCUACACAACAGGCGUACAGAGAAUGGGCCACAGCACAGUGGUUCUCGUUGGGUCAGCUCCAGCCCACCGUAGUUGGGUUUCAGACCUCCCCCUGUGCUUCCAGCACCCACCCUCAUUGGUGGGAAUGUUCUUUCGCCCAAGCCUGGCAGAGAUAUCAGAGAGAUCUGGAGCUCCUGGUGCUGCCUCCAAACCACUGCUAGAGAGGAUAAAUGACCGUACCACUUAUGCAUAACUGGCUCCCAGUCAACCAUGAGGAUUAUCUCCUGUCAGUCGACCCUUGUGGCUGUAGUUGUGGUUACACUCACUGUGGUGUCCUGCGCUGAAGCUAAGACGACACAGAAGCCAAAGUACCAGUACACCAAGAAACCUGUCCCUCAGAUCACCGUGCACAACCCUGUGACCACCAGCAUGCCCAAGACUCUCAAGGCAGUGCCGAGUGCAAAUCCUGUUGCGCCCCGUCCACUGCCCACCACAGAGAGGACCACCCAUCCAAAUCAAGUCUAUCCACAGCACUACACAGAGAGCAUGGAGCCCCCUGGUGCUGGCCCUGAGAAUUACACUCUUGAUUACAAUGAGUGUUACUUCAACUUCUGUGAGUGCUGUCCACCUGAGAGAGGCCCCAGGGGGCCAAAGGGAGACAGAGGCCUGGAAGGGCCACCAGGUGAAAGAGGCCUUACAGGAGCAGCUGGUUUACCAGGACCACCAGGAGUGAGUGGUCCUAUGGGGUUAAGAGGAGACAAAGGGGAUAAAGGUGACAGAGGAAACAGUGGGACAGGUGGACCACCUGGACUCCCCGGAAAACCGGGACAAAAAGGUGAAGUUGGCUCAAAAGGUGAGAAAGGCGAAGUGGGGUUGCAAGGUGCCAAAGGUGAUGGUGGGGUGAAAGGGGAACCUGGACAGAAUGGCACCACAGGUGAGAAGGGAGAACCAGGAAAAGAGGGGCCAGCUGGACCGCCAGGAGUGGCUGUUGAGCUAGGUCCUAAAGGAGACAAAGGAGAUAAGGGGGAAUGUGGCUCGUUCGGGGAGAGGGGACAGAAAGGAGAGCGAGGAGAUCCUGGGUCUCCUGGCAUUCCAGGAGCAAUGGGCAUUCCAGGAAUUAACGGCAAGCAUGGUGCCCCUGGUCCUGUAGGCAUCCGAGGGGAUCAAGGACCUCCUGGACCACAAGGAGAACCAGGGAUCAGAGGACCUCAGGGACCACAAGGCAUAAGAGGGAUGCUUGGGCCGAAAGGGGACAGAGGUUACCCUGGGAUGAGAGGUGAUCGCGGCUUUCGUGGAUUCAAAGGAGCUAAGGGAUCAGGGGUUCCCCAGAAACGCUCGGCCUUCAGUGUGGGUAUCUCCCCAAGAAAGUCCUUCCCUCCCUCUGGCUUCCCAGUCCGCUUCGACAAAGUCUUCUACAACGAAGAGAACCACUUCAAUCUCACUUCCAACAGCUUUACAUGCGUCCACGCCGGGGUUUACGUCUUCUCCUUCCACAUCACUGUACGCAAUCAGCCAUUGCGAGCCACACUGGUAGUGAACGGGUCACGGCGAGUAAGGACACGGGACUCUCUAUAUGGUCAAGACAUCGACCAGGCGUCCACUCUGGUGGUGCUGCAGCUGGCGGUGGGUGAUCAGGUGUGGAUGGAGACGCUCAGAGACUGGAAUGGGGCGUAUGCCAGCAGUGAGGACGACAGCAUCUUCUCUGGGUUCCUGCUCUACUCAGACAAGGGUUGAUCCUCAGCUCAAAAUAUCCUCUUCUACUGGACUGUUCCAACUUGAUCCCUAAAAAGGACAACUACUGGUGGUGCUACACUGUACUCAUUACUGAUAAACUGCUCCAAAGCUGUAUUGCACACUAGUAUGGUAAUUUAAGGACAGGCAAUAUCAAGAUCAAGUUAAAUGUAUUAUCACCUCACUAAUAUCUUGUUAUUUCACCUGUUAUGUACCGAAUAAAAAGAAAAGUCUUGUUUAGCUCUGGUAUAUUUUAUUUACAACAUUUUGAUCUACACAGCUUUCAUCAGGUAUAUGAACACACAUCAUAAUAGUUCUUUAUAGAUGUGAAUGAUCAAGACCACAGAAAUGAGGUCAAGUGGUAAGUGACACAUCUUUUAGAAACACACACUUUGCUACCCAGGUAAUCAAAGGUCCAUGUGUAGGAUUUAUGGGGACAUAUUGGCUGAAAUAGAAUAUAAAUAUGUCUUCUUGAGUGUAUAAUCACCUGAAAAUAAGAAUUGUUCAGUUUUUGUUACCUUAGAAUGAGCUGUUUAUAUCCACAUUGGGAGUGGGUCCUCAUCCACUGAGCUUAUCAUGUUGCACCACCAUGUUUCUACAGUAGCCCAGAAUGGACAAACCAAACACUGGCUCUAGUUAAAGCCACUCAUGUUUUUGGAUUUGUGAUGGCCACCGUAGUGAGCAGCCCCUAUAUAAUGAGAGAUUCAGAAAAACACUUUUUUUUAAAUGUAAAACUGCUUCAUUCAGUGUUUUUACCAGUUUAAAUCACUAGAUCUAUUUGUUUUAAAGAGGAAGACACCUCUGCGGAUAAUUCAGCUCCCAGUAAAAACCUCCUGGAUCAGAAUUAAGGUGAACCACACCAGUUACCAGACAAAAACGGUGAGCAUAUAACUUUUAACAAGAAAUUUUUAACUUGAAACUGUUUUAGUCAGUGUUUAUCUGGUCCGUUUGUUUUGAAGAGGAAGAGACCUCUGCAGGUAAUGCAGCUCCCACUAAAAACCUCCUGAACACUGAGCACUGAGGGAAUUCUAAACAGAAGUUCCACCUGGUUGCAAUCUGCAAUCCUCACCACUAGAUGGCACUAAAUACCCCUACAUCUCGCAUACAGGUCACACUAUGACACUAUGAAAAGAUUAACAAAAUGACAAAGGUAAAUGAGAGCUAAAGUACCAAACACCAAUGAUCAGUGUAUGAUAAAAUUAUAAAAUUUCUAAUUUAUCCCGCAUCAGUGUACA